UAAUUUGCAGUAAUUAAAGGGUGCUGUGUGGGAUGGGGCUAAAGAGAAACACAAUUAAAAUGUAAUGCUUCUCCUCUGGUAUCUGCAUCCUUAUUUAUUUUAAAUCAUCUUCAGUGCUCUGAUGAGUUUAAGUCUUCCUGUAUCACACACUGUGCAAGCAGAAAUAUUUGAGUGAACUGUUGCCAAUGGCUCUGAGCAAGCAUGGGGCAUGUUUCAGAUUACACUGUGUUUUCUUGUUCGGAUCUGAUCUCCUUGCUAGGAGAGGCUGAGAAAAGCAGCUCUAGGGGAUUUACUUCUAGCAGCAGCAGCAGCACAUGAUCCAUCAAUCGCGUGAUUCUCACCGCCAAGGACUAAUGGGGAGGGUGAAGAAAAAGUGAAUGCUUCCUUGGGGAAGCAACAGCAUUUUCUUCUCUUGUGGGGCCCCUCUACCAGCUGGACACUUCAUGGCUUCUCCCAGGUUAGAAACCUACUGCUGCCCAAACCGGGAUGCAGCUACCCAGCUAGUGAUGAACUUCCAGCCUGAAGUCUUCUGCAGCGUUUGCAUUGGCAGUGCCUCCAUCAGUCUGCUACUGACCAUCCUGCAGCUCCUGCCAAAGAAGGGACAGAGCCUGAGGAAGAUGCCCAAAGCCUCCUCCUCUUCCACCAUCCUUCUCCUUAUCUCCAUUUGUGACAUCCUUGGUGGCUUAGGUAUGAUCUUCAGGUCAAGUGUAUGGCUAGGCUUCCCAGGCUUCAUAGCUAACAUUUCUGUGGUGAAUGGGACUGAUGUGUGGCCUUCUGCUUUCUGUGUGGGGAGCGCGAUGUGGAUCCAGCUAUUAUAUAGCUCUGGCUUCUGGUGGUUGUUUUGCUAUGCCGUUGAUUCUUACUUGGUAGUAAGAAGAUCAGCUGGACUGAGUACGAUUGUGCUGUACCACAUGAUGACAUGGGGCCUUGCGGUGAUGCUCUGCGUGGAGGGAAUCACACUGCUUUACUACCCUUCUCUCUCCAGCUGUGAAGAUGGCUUGGAGCAUGCAAUCCCACAUUACAUCACAACCUAUGCCCCACUCCUGCUAGUCCUGGUGGUCAACCCAAUCCUGUUUAGGAGGACAGUGUCAGCAGUUGCCUCCUUGCUGAAAGGGAGACAGGGGAUUUACACAGAGAACGAAAGACGUCUGGGGACAGAGAUCCAGAUCCGCUUCUUCAAAAUUAUGCUGGUAUUCGUUAUUUGCUGGUCAUCCAAUAUCAUCAACGAGAGCCUUCUGUUCUAUCUCGAAAUGCAGCCAGAUAUCAAUGACAUGCCCCUGAAAAACAUCAGAAGUGCUGCACUGAUCACAUGGAUUAUAAUGGGGGUUCUUAAUCCAAUGCAAGGCUUCCUCUUCACAUUAGCUUUUUAUGGCUGGACGGGAUGGAGAGUGGACCUGAAAUGGCGAAAAAGAGAAAUACCCUGGGAAUCGAUGUCCUCAUCAACUGUGGGUGAAAAUGCCUAUCCUUCACCAGUGAACUACCAAAGCAACAUCCACGAUUCAAAGAAGGCACUGACAACUGACAGCCAGCAGACCGAUGAGGCCAUAAGCAUGUUGUCUGAAGGUAACACUAGCAGUGAUGACAGAUUGACCAGGAGCUCUCCCAUCUACCAGGGCUGGUAGUUUAUAGGUGCAGGGUUGGGUCCCACUUCUCACAUUGUCAAGACUCAUAAAGUCACGUUACUGUGUGAACUGUUGCAUACUCUGGAAUUAGGUUUGUGCCCAAUGGCUUGAUGUAAUUUCAUAUAACAUGUGUUUGACAGCAAAUGAGUGGGUGAGACAGAGAUUUUCUGGUUUAUUUGCCUUAUAGGAGAUGUGUUAACAGGUAUAAAAACCUGAUCCUUUUUCAGCAGGAGUAUAUUUCUGCAAAGGUCUAUGUUACUUAUGAAUCAUUUUCAUCCAUUUUGUUUUAAUCUCUCUUGUAACCUCCAUAUAGUAGAAGAGUCUUUUGUUUAAAUAAAUGGACUAUUAAUA